GUUUCUUUUAUGAAUAUUGUUAAAAAGCAGGAGCCAUCCACCUUUAUUUCCUUCUUUUCUCCAUGUCCAAAUUGUGAUACUGCUGGAAUAAUAAAUUUGAUUAGAAAUGACUUCGAAACUUAUCUUUUCUUCUCAAUAUGAUCAAUAGAACUAAACUUGUACUUCUGAACACAUUUGGUACUUAAACAUUUUUAUUCAGAAGUAAACAUUUUUACUGAGAUAAAACAUAUCUUGUCUUCAUGUCAGGCUCAUGCGGUGAAAAUGGGAGAAAGCCACACACACCAUCUGCUAUUGUUAUUGGUGGUGGGUUUACAGGUCUUGCUGCUGCUGAUGCGCUCAGAAAUGCAUCCUUCCAGGUUAUUCUUCUGGAAUCUCGUGAUAGAAUUGGUGGCAGAGUUCACACUGACUACUCUUUUGGGUUUCCAGUCGAUUUGGGAGCAUCUUGGCUUCAUGGCGUCUGUGAAGAAAAUCCCUUGGCACCAAUAAUUGGAAGGCUUGGACUUCCACUGUACCGCACAAGUGGAGACGAUUCUGUGCUGUUUGAUCAUGAUCUGGAGAGCUAUGCACUCUAUGACACUAAUGGACGUCAAGUACCACAGGAGUUGGUAGAAAAGAUUGGGAAGGUGUUUGAGACCAUACUGGAAGAGACUGGCAAAUUGAGGGAAGGAACCAAUGAAGAUAUGUCUAUCGCAAAAGCCAUUGUUCACAUGGGUUUUCCAUGUGUUCACUACAGGCAAGAAGGGAUUGCUCAUGAAGUUCUUCAGUGGUAUUUGUGCCGUAUGGAGGGUUGGUUUGCCACUGACGCAGAUUCAAUUUCACUACAGGGCUGUGAUCAGGAGGUGCUGCUUCCAGGUGGCCAUGGCCUCAUGGUUCGUGGAUAUCGUCCAGUUAUAAAUACUCUUGCAAAAGGCUUAGAUAUACGCCUCAACCAUAAGGUUGUGGAAAUUGUUCGCCACCGGAACAGGGUAGAGGUUACUGUAAGCAGUGGCCAAACAUUCGUUGCGGACGCAGCAGUGGUCACUGUUCUGUUGGGUGUCCUGAAAGCGAAAACCAUCAGAUUUGAGCCGAGGCUGCCAGAGUGGAAAGAAGAGGCAAUCAGAGAACUGACGGUUGGAGUUGAGAACAAAAUUGUUCUGCACUUCGGCCAGGUUUUCUGGCCUAACGUGGAGUUCAUCGGCGUCGUUUCCUCUAGCACGUAUGGUUGCAGCUAUUUCCUCAACCUUCACAAGGCAACAGGCCACCCUGUCCUUGUUUACAUGCCUGCUGGCCGACUUGCUCGUGACAUUGAGAAGAUGUCAGAUGAGGCUGCUGCGCAGUUUGCCUUUUCUCAGUUGAAGAAGAUCCUUCCCAAUGCAGCUGAGCCGAUGAAUUACCUGGUGUCGCACUGGGGCUCGGACGAGAACACACUUGGCUCCUACACGUUCGAUGGGGUGAACAAACCCCGCGAUCUGUACGAGAAGCUGCGCAUCCCCGUGGACAACCUGUUCUUCGCAGGAGAGGCCACGAGUGUCAAGUACACGGGCACGGUGCACGGCGCCUUCUCCACUGGUGUUAUGGCAGCCGAGGAGUGCAAGAUGCAAGUUCUGGAGCGGUUCAGGGAGCUUGACAUGCUGGAGAUGUGCCACCCUGCCAUGGCCAUUAUAUAUAAAUAUUUUAUCCUCAGCACGGGCUGCUUGUUGGACUUGUUUGGGCCUUGCAACGGACAUCUUCUGACUAGUCCGCGUGGAUUCCUCUUCUUUCUUCGGCUGGCCUCUCUCACGCGCGACGAUUGGGCAGCAAGCGGCGACACCCUUCGCCAGGUCGGCACCGGUGACGAGCACCCGCCAGGAGAAAUGGCCGAACACCUCUUCAAAGAUAAAUUCAAGGUGAGCAGGGUCGAUCCUGAUGGCAAGAAAUUCGACAAAGGUUACUCGAAUCGAAGCUCACAGCGAGAAUGAAAUGUAAUGUGCAUGCAACUAGCUAGAUGUUGCUACUGAGGUCUAUUCAAUGCGUGUUGGUGACACGUUCAACAUGGUUCUAGCUCUCACUCUGAACCUGGAUGGAUCAACAGACACUGGCUACUACACACAGGUGACACACCUAAUUAGUCUCAUAUUCCCUCUGUUUUUUACAUGCUGCAAUGGUUUUGUCCCAAGUCAAAUAUUUAUAUCUUUGAUCAUCAUUUUUUUCAAAAAAAAUGUAUAUGCGGUAUAUGUUUUUAGAUUCACUAUUAUGAGAAGUAUUUCAAUAGUAUAUAUAGUUCACAUGUUGUGAAACUACAUGGAUUUUUUUAUUGAAAUUGCUGAUCAAAGAUAGGAAUGUUUGACUUAGGACAAAACCUAAUACGACAUGUAAAAAAGCAGAGGGAGUAGCUUGAUCUCGACAAUAUGGAACUUUUGUGAUGGGAAUACAGAUCCGAUCGAAUGUGUUUGAGGUGCCAUACUAUUUUUCAAUGUUGUCUUGGACUUGUCUUCCACGAGGCAUAGUUUUACUGGGUAAACAACAUGAUGCCAUUCCUUUCAUGCAGCCUUGGAAGAAAAACUCUUGCUGAC